GCUGUGGCUGUGGUUACAGCUGUGGUGCAGGUUCAACCCCUGGCCUGGGAACUUCCACAUGCUGUGGGUGCAGGAAAGAUAAAGUGAUACCUCUAUAUCAUUAUAAGCAGUUGUCCUUUUGCAUGAGUCCUGCCCCCUUUAGACAUUUCUCCUCCCUUUGAUCAUCUUGGGCUUAGAAGGCGCAGUUCCUGGGCCCCUCAUUCCAUCUAGUGGCCACCGCUAGGAUGUACUCCUGGGAGACUAUUCCUCACAGACCCCUAAACUAGCUACAUAUUGCAACAGAGUUGAAUGUGUGAAGUUAACAAAUUUUUUUUUUUGGUGUGAUUCAUCCUGGCCUUCUAUCAAUCAACAUUUAUAUUUUCAAGACUUACAUAAGGAAUUGUGCGUGAAAGCACUUUCCCCAAAUAUUGACUUGUGAGUGUGCAUGCUUAGAUUUUGUUACACAGCUGUUGUAAACCUCAGUAUUCAGAUUACGGUAUUUUCCUCUGUUCUAACAUCCACUCUUACUUUCUCCUUCAGUGGGCGCUGUUCUCAGAGUAGAUGGAAACUGGAAACUACACAAGUGUGACAGAGUUCAUUAUUUUGGGGUUAACAGAGGAUAGUACAGUCGGUGCCACUUUGUUUAUUGUGUUUCUGGGAAUCUACGUUGUCACCUUACUGGGCAAUGGCAGUAUAAUCCUGCUGAUCAGAAGCAGCCCUCAGCUUCGUACCCCGAUGUACCUUUUCCUCAGCCACUUGGCCUUUGUAGAUGUUGGCUACUCCUCAUCGGUCACACCUGUCAUGCUCAGGGGCCUCCUUGGGGAAGGCAGCUCUCUCCGAGUGGCUGGUUGUGCUGCUCAGCUCUGUUCUGUGGUCACAUUCGGUAGCACCGAGUGCUUCCUGUUGGCUGCCAUGGCCUACGACCGGUACGUGGCCAUCUGCUCGCCCCUGCUCUACUCCACCCACAUGUCCUCCAGAGUCUGCAUUCUGUUGGUGGUGAUGUCCUAUGUAGGGGGAUCUCUGAAUGCCUGGAUAUUUACUGGCUGUGUGCUAGGUCUGUCCUUCUGUGGACCCAAUAAAGUCAAUCACUUUUUCUGUGAUUAUGCACCGCUUUUGAAGCUUUCUUGUUCUCAUGAUUUUACUUCUGAAAUAGUCCCAGCUGCCUCUUCUGGCUCCAUCAUUGUGGUCACUGUGUUUAUCAUAGCUCUCUCUUAUGUCUACAUCCUCAUCACCGUCCUGAAGAUGCCCUCCACUGAAGGAAGACACAAGGCCUUCUCCACCUGCACCUCCCACCUCACCGCGGUCACUCUGUUCUAUGGGACCAUCACCUUCAUUUACGUGAUGCCCAAGUCCAGCUACUCCACUGACCAGAACAAGGUGGUGUCUGUGUUCUACACGGUGGUGAUCCCCAUGCUGAACCCCCUCAUCUACAGCCUCCGGAACAAGGAGGUUAAAGAGGCAAUGAGAAAAUUAAUGGCUAGAAGACAUUGGUUCUAAAGUGCUAAUGUAAUCUGAGUUUUAAUAAAAAAGACUGUCUAGUGAAGACUUCUCCUGCAGGUGAAUAGAUGAUACAGUAAGUAAUUUUCAGUGUAUAUUAAUAAUACUCUAGACUCACAAAUUUCAUUGUGUUAUUCUCAAGGGAAUUUUCAGUAUAAGAAAAGAAAUGUGUAUUUAGAAAGACAGGCAUAUUUAGCAAAAAUUUCUUCAUUGUUACCUCAGCUGCCAAUUCUUACAUGUAAAAGUAAAAAUAUUUUCAUGUAAAUCCUCUUUUAAUGCAGUUUUUGCAAAUAACUACUGGAGGUCUCUGAAAAACCUUGAAAAGGAAACAAAGAAUAGUGUUGCCUUAGAUGGUCUUGUCGUCUGAAGGAUGUGGUGUCCCUGAUGUGCAGGUGAUCCAAGGAUGGAGAUUGGUGAUGCUUCUCUGCCUUGUGAUCUGAGCUGAGCAAUCGGAUUCCUCCCACAGCACCUCUGCAGGGGAGCCUCACCUAGCCACCUGAGAGAACUGCUGACAUCUCUGUUUAGUUUAGUUCUUUCCUUUUAGGAACUACUCCACACAACGCUUUCAGGAGUUCCCAGGAGAAAGACCACUGGGGACUAACUGACAUGACCUGGCUCCAUUCUAGAUGAAGUAGUAAG